GCCGAGGGUCCCGAGGGCCUGUGCAGCUUCCCUUCCUGCCCCCGACCAGCUCCAGCGCCGCACUCCACCGGGGCUGGGCAAGGAAGCAGACAGGCCAGAAAAGCAGAAGUGGGCACGGGACAAUCGAGCCCUCUGUGGGAGGCGGGACCUGGUCCACACGGAGGGCUUGGUGCGGCCAUAGGUUGUGUCUUUGCUGGAGAAAUGACCCCGAGGGUCUGGGCCACAUGGCUGCUGUCUGCUGUGUUCCUCCUCCAGGCGCCAGGCUGUCUGGCCCUGAGCGGCCCCCACACCGUGAGUGGCACUGCGGGGGGAUCCCUGAGCGUGCAGUGUUGGUACGAGGAGCAGUUCAGAGGGAAUAAGAAAUACUGGUGUGAAGACCCAUGUCUGCGUUUGCUGAAGAAGAAGAUCGUGGAGACCACGGGGUCAGAGAGAGAAGUGAGGAGGGGCCGCGUGUCCAUCAGGGACCAUCCAGCAAACCUCACCUUCACUGUGACCUUGGAGAACCUCACAGAGGCUGAUGGAGGCACAUACUGGUGUGGGAUUGAUGUAUCAUUGAACCGAAGAUUUCUGGACCCCACCUUCAAGGUUGUGGUGUCUGUGUCCCCAGGUGAGCCGCACGCCCCUCCCCUUGUCCCAGGGCCAGGCUGCCUGACCUGCGCCUGGUCACCCUGUUGUUCAGGGCAGACGUGGCACUGAAGAC